UCAAUUUGAUUUAUUGUAGUAAUAUUUCCAACAGUCCUUAAAGGCAGCACCCUCCCGGUCUAUCUACGCAGCAUGCAGUGGUGCUGGGCUUUCAUGGAAGAGACGGAUUGAUCCUUCGUUGGUUUUACAAAGAAGAACAAGCUGUACAUAAAAUAAGUCACAGAGAAUACAAUGGCAGCGUCAGUUUGAAUCGUUGGCGCACGUUAGGAUUGUAAUGUGUGUGGGGCUUGAUGGAGAGGAGUCAUAUGCUCGGCUAACGUUACUUAUUCUGGAAUCGAUAGAGAAAUAUAAAACAAAACCAUUUUGAAAUGUUUUAGCUCUAUCGCGUUGAAUUCUGGGCAUUUCUCGCUCUGCCCUCCCUGGUCCUCCCAACUUCUCGCAGCUGCGUCAAGUUGCUAUAAAAUAUGCAGUUACCGGAAAUGGAUGUAAAAUAAAAGGCAUAACAUGUGUGUCUUACAGGAACAACAAUACAUAUAUAUAUGUCCACUACGCUGAUAAGCUUGAUAGAAUGGUUGUAACGGUAGUCUAUGUAACUAUAAGCGGCCAUCUACGGCCUUUACUGUCGUUGUAUUGAUUAACAAACACAACGCACGUCGCCAAGUGGUUUUAAUUUGACAACGCUAACCGGAAGCUGUGCGCUCUCGCGUCGUCCAUUUUGACACCGGUAGAUGCUUCACUCCCUCCAUUCAUUUCAUUCGUGCACAGUCGCAUCCCAGCAGCGAGCCCUCCCCUCCCGUUUCUCUCCGCCUGGAAAGAUGGCUGCUCCGGUGGUGGCGAGAAGCUCCGGCCCGGCGCUCUGCCCGAGCUUCGCGGAGGUCUGUUCAUUUCUGGAGCGAUUCGGAGCGGUGCUGGAUCUGCCCGAGAUGACUUUCCCGCAGAUGGAGCGGUAUCUGCGGGACACAACGACAGUUCCUAAACCGCUUGUGGAGCUCCAUGUGAAGCUGCUCCGAAAACUGGGGAGGUCUGUGACUACUGACCGAUGGGAAAAAUACCUGGCUAAGGUUUGCCAGGAGUUGAACAGUACCUGGGCAUGGGAGCUGGAACAGAAGGGCUACCAGGAGAUGUCCAUGGAGUGCAAGUCCUGCAUCCUCAAAUAUCUCUGCGAGUGUCAGUUCGAUGACAACCUGAAGUUCAAGACGGCGAUCAAUGAGGAGGAGCCAGAGAAGAUGCGUCUGCAGCCCAUUGGUCGGGACCAGCAGGGCCUGAUGUACUGGCUUCAGCUGGACCAGGAGCAGAACAUCCGGCUGUACACGGAGGAGCAGGACGAUCUGGACGGAACCACUUGGAAGUGCAUCGUCAGGAAUCGUAACGACCUGGCCGAGGCUCUGGAGCUGCUGAAGUCUCAGGUUGAACCAAAACAGAACCCGGACCAGGACCAGGACCAGGCUGGUUCCAGAUGCACCAGUCCUAAAGAGAAAGAUGAAGGGGAUGAGGCCCUUGGAAACACCAAACCCUCCGGGACCGCCGAGGAACACACUGACAGUGAGAAGGUCGACCCUGUAAAGGAGGAGCAACCCCUGACACGAGUGGUGAAGCUGGAGGAGACGGCGGCCACGAAGCAGGAAAACACCGAGGCCGAGGUGAAAGAAGAGAAGGUCGACUGCACGUCGCCGCCCGUCUUUGACAACCGCGUGAGCACAAUCAUCACCGUCAUCAAGUCGGAAUCCAGGGACGCCGACGCCCCCAAAAACGCUGUGUCGGUUGUCAUGGCGCCAGGCGCGACUGCCACGAAGCAGGAGACGAACAAGGAAGGGGAGGCGGAGCGGGCGGUCGUCAGGAUCAGCCAGCAGGCCAAGAUGCCACUGAAGAAGAGGGAGCUUAAGAUCGCGGAGAGCUACCACGGCAACCAUCUCAACAACAGUAUCAACAGCAGUAGCAUUAUUGUUUGCAACCCAUCAGUCAUCCAGACCAAGGACAGCCACGGCAAAGAGGGGAAGUUGCCCGGCUCGUUGGUGCCGCCUGGUGGCCCGGCUGCACCACAACCACAGCAGCAGCUGGUUGUCACCGCAUCCAGGCAGGAACUGAGCAACGGGAGAGCGUUUCUCUCGUUGCCGCACAAAGAGGGACAAAAUGGAGUCAUAGGGGUCAUAGGUCAAGUCGGCGUCAUAGGUCACGUGGGGGUCAUCCGCAGCCCAUCCGAGCGCCACAGAACCCCAGGCGCCGAGCAGCAGGAACAGAACGGGCCCAGUUUAGACCAGCGGGACUCCAGAGCUGAGCAGGAAGAGAGGGAGGUCAGUCGGCAGUCGGUGUUGGUACGAAAGGGACCCGCUGAAGGGGAGGUGGCGGCAGCAGACACCGCUCCUCCUCCUCCUGUGCCGAUGGACGCUCCAACAGCCAGAAAACUACCGCCACCGCCAUCCUUAAAAUCUGAUCCGCUUCCUGAAGCUGUAGGGAGGAAAGUAGUUUCCGUUAGCCUUUCCCCACUGCCGCUGUCUCUAGAGGACCCCAAGAGACAGGCGGCAGGAGACCUGGGAGAAAAACCGACUGAGGAGCAGUCGGACAGGGGGACGACAACAACAGAACAGAAGGAUGACAUUGUGGACAAGAGGAGAGGAGAGCUGUCUGGACUUUCUUUGACCGAAGAAGGAGGUACAGAUAACCAUAAAGAGAAUAAAAGCACUUUAGAAAAGUCUGAUGCAGAAUCUGGGAGUACCACUCCGCUUCUAAAAGCGGACCAGCAGGAUACAAAGGACCAGCAGGGAGACGGGGUCAACGCCGGGCUGGCUGCCGAGAUGAGGGCAAAGGACGUCGGGCUUGGAUCAGGGGAGAGGAAGGGUCCCCUGGAGGAAGCCUCCUCUGAGCUCCAGAAAGAAGGAAUCCGGUUGAAGAUCAAGAUCCCCCCCCACCGGAGAAACAAGUUACGGGGGAAGGGGGGAAAGGAGGAGGAGGAGGAGAAGGAGCGCGAGCAGGAGGCGCAGGAGGACGGGAGGCUGCUGAGGAGAUCUACGAGGAUUUGCCGAUCUGCCUUGCCAACCUGCAGGCCGAGCUCAAAGGCGGCUGAGAGCCAGAGAAAGAAACCGCAAAAAAAAACUGGACUGCCUAGCAGAACGGAGGAGGAGGAGGAGGAGGAGGAUGAUGAUGAUGAUGAUGAGGAAGAAGAAGAGGAGGAGGAGGAGGAGGAGGAGGGGGAAGAAGUAGAAGAGGGAGAGGAGCGGAGCUUAACCGCAAAGAAUGACUGCAAAACAGAACCAGUCGGACAAAUAAGGAAACAAAGGGGCAAACGGAGGCAUCGGCGCCCCCGAUGGUCCAACAUUCGCGCCAAGAGACGCAAACUGAACGAGGGAGAGGAGGCGGAGGGCAGAGGGAGGAGACAGGGAGAGGGGGAGAGCGAGGGAGGGAGUGACUCAGAGGAAUCGUGCAAACUGGAGGAGAUUCCCAGCGAGGACGCCUGCAGUCACUGUGGCCUGCCCAACCACCCCGAACUGAUCCUGCUGUGUGACUCCUGUGACAGCGGAUACCACACUGCCUGUCUGCGGCCGCCGCUCAUGUUGAUUCCAGAUGGACAAUGGUUCUGUCCCCCCUGCCAGCAUAAGCUGCUGUGUGAGAAACUGGAGGAGCAGCUGCAGAACCUGGACAGUGCUCUGAAGAAAAGAGAUCGAGCAGAGAGGAGGAGGGAGCGGCUGGUGUACGUGGGAAUCAGUGUGGAGAACAUCAUCCCUGAGGGAGAUGAGGGAGAAGAGGAGAAGUCUGCGAAGAAGAAAGAUCCCAAAAAGAGCAAAAAUCUGGGGAGGAGAUCAACCAGAACCAGGAAGCACAUCAGCUACAGGUUUGAUGACUUUGACGAUGCCAUUGAUGAGGCUAUAGAGGAGGACAUCAGGGACCUCUGCGGAGGAGUGGGGCGAGGCCGAGACAUCGCCGCCAUCCUGUCCGAGGAAGGAGGGAAGGGGAGCCAGCGGCCAAUCAGAAGCCAAGCCCAUUCCGCCAGGAACAGGAAGAGGCGGCGACUGAACGACCUGGAGAGUGACAGCACGGCGGCAGAGAGUGAGGACGAGUUCAUGCUCAGCAACAGCUCGGAGGAUGAAGAUUUCGCUGCGUCAGGGCCGGACGAUGACGAGGUGGAGGACGAGGACGCGGGCAGCGCGGAGAGUGGGUCCCGCCCCAGACGGGCGGUGAGAGGGGCGGUGAGAGGGGCGCCCAAGGAACGACCGGGCAAGACCCAACGCGGGGGCAGGAAGCGACCGAAGCGGCGGCGGAGACGCUCCUCCGAGGAAGAGGAGGAGGACAGCGAUGAGGAAAUUGGCUCGGAUCAGUUCAGCGACAUGACCGACAGCGACGCCGACAAGAAGAGGCGGGGUCUGAGGCGCGGCCAGCGCCAGCAGGUCAACUACCGCGAGACGACCGAGUCGUCGGACAACUCCCGGGCCUCCGUCAAGAAGGUCAAGGUCAAAGGCCGCGGCAGACCUCGCAAGGAGCAUUUCUCCAGUGACUACAGCGACGCUUCGCCUUCUUCCCGAGACACGGAGGAGGACUACGAAGAUGAGAAGGAAGAUGGCCAGAGGAGAAGAGUGAGCAAGAGGAGGAGAGAGGAGGAAGACCUCCAGAGAAACAGGGUGAGGCAAAAGCGGAAAAGACACGACGAGGACGAGGAGCGCGAGAGAGGGAGGCGGCUGAAAAGGAAGCUCCUCGAGCGGGAGAAGACGGACAAAGACAAAGCGAGGCGGUUGAGGAGGACAGAGAGAAAGGAGGAGGAGGACGACCCAGAGAAGAUGGGCCGGGGGAAGAGGAGAGAGAUACUAUCGCUGCAGCGCCGCAAGCGGCUUGCUCAGAUGCUGAAAAAGAGGCGGCCUUCGACGGAUGAGUCUGACGAGUCGGAGGAGUCUGAGACGUCGUCGUCGGAAGAGGAUCGUCCAAUCCGCAAAAGACUCAACCGCAUCGACUCUGAUGACGAUGAAGAGGAAGAGGAGGAGGAGGGAAGACAGAAGAAGGUGACAAUGAAGAAGUUCAGCGACGCUCAGGAAAAGGGGAGGGGCCGUAGCCUGUCUCCGUCAAACAUACAUCGGACCUCCAGGGGCCUGGCGAAGCCUGGGGCCGGGAGUCCUGCUGUUCACAGGGACAGUGCGGAAUCAGACGGGCAAGGCAGGCACAACGGCCCCUCACAUCCGGAGGAGGAGGAGGAGGAAGAGGAGGAAGAGGAGGAGGAGAAGAAGGAGAAGAAGGAGAAGAAGAAGGAGGAGGAGGAGGAGGAGGAAGAAGAGGAGGGCCAGACAGACUCAUUAAACUCUGCCCAGAACAGUCCGCAGUCGUGAUGGCUGUGUUUGUGUGAAUAACAUUUGCUUCUUUGUCUUUUUUUUCUUCUUCUUUUUUGUAACUGUCAGGCCUUUCACCCCCCACGAAACCACCUUUUUGAAAACUGGAUUCCCCCACCACCUCCGCCUCCUUCCCGCCUUGCUCCUCCUCGCUGUUGUAUUGUGUUGAGUGCGCUCUCCGCGGUCAUAUACCGUGACCUUUCAACCACAAGACUCACGAGCUACGCAUUUACGCUCAUCGUCACAUCUGGCAGAACGGAACCAUUCAGCCGGACCCCAAAAAAGAAAUAAACAAAUAAAAGUAUCCUGGCGCCAGGACAUUCAUGUUUCAGUGGACGCACUCGCACACAGCCGGAGGUCCUCAUGACCCUCUGAAGUUCUCGUCUCUGCCGGAUCCAAGCAGCAGGAUGAUGGUGGAUUCAUCCCAUUUUGGUUUGAGUUGAAUUGGUCACAGGAGUCAGUUUGUAGCGUACUUUUAGCUAAAAGCACUUCGUCAUUCUCAUAGCACUUAAUAACCCAUCGCCAAGGAGGGUGUCGGUGUCGAACAGAACACUUUGGAUCAUGUGAACUGAUGGCUAAAGACACCAGACUUGAUCUCCACAACAACAACAAAAAGCUUCCUCUAGUAUCUACGCAUGCAGAUAGUUGUGGUUUUUAUUUGUCCAGGUUUUGAGAUAUCAGAGUUUUUGGCCUCUACCUCAAUACCAUGAGUUCUAAGUUAUUUGUUUAGUGCUCACAAUGGUGUUUUCAUUGUUGUUGUUUGUACUAAUAAGGUACCCAGUAGCCUUAAGGGCCGAUCACACCAAGACGCGCCACUCACUUUUAUGCGUGUCCAAAAACAGUUUGGGAAAACGCUGGUGCCGUACCCAUAGACUCAUCGUCAUCGUGACGUUUGUGAACUGCCGGUAUGAACCUCGAGUUCGCCGAUUUCGACUUCUAUACAACCAGACUUCUUAUUGCAACCAAAGGAGUCGCCCCCUGCUGGUCAGUAGGGAGAAUGAAAGUUCAUGACCCUUCCUCAUCGGCUUCACGCGGCAGAACCGAAGGGGUUUUUCUUGUGUGGCCGACGCGUUUCUAGCGACACAUCUCGGUGUGAUCAAGCCCUCACGGGCCAGGGGGCCUUCAGUUGCAUGUCAUACACCCCCCCCCCCCCACCAUGUCUCCUGUCUCUCUCAAUGCUGGAGAAAAGACCAAAAGGGAUCUAGUUAACAGGAAGGAACUUGACUUUUAAAUGCACCUUUUUUCUAGUGCAGUGAGCACCACAAACUAAAUUAGGAUUCACCUCCAUUGUGUUAAAAAAAAUUUAAUAAUUCAAACUAUCUGCAUGGUUAGAUCCUACUAGAGGUAUAAGAAAAUGAUCGAUACUGUUAGCUGCACAAUAUUCAGUGCUUGUGUUUGCUCUGUUAAAUGCAGACUUCAUUUAAACUCAGUUUUGGGUAAAAUCAAACUUUCUCAAGAUGUGACGAAAAAAUUAAUGACUCAACAACGACAUUGUCAGAACUUAGAAUGAUUCUCAUUCAUUUGACUUUACAGGGUUGGUUUUGGGUUAUUUGAAGUGUGGUUGUAUGAGGUACUUCUCUGUAGUCAGUGUAUUACUACAGUAGUAGGAGUACCAGCACGGGAGCAAAGCAAAUGUUCACUACCACCUUGCUGUCAGACGGACCUUUUCUGACGGAGAACCGACGCCAUUAGCUCUGCUCUUUUUAGUCACAAGACUCCAUUGACAAAAACAUUCAAUCUGACCUCGCAGUAGAAAGAAGUUACCGGUCGACCGUUGCCUCGAUCGGUUAGUCUUUUUUUUGUCAAUGGAAUCUGGUUGCUGAGAAGAGGGCGAUGUAACGGCUUCGGUUCCCAUCUCAAAGGGCCGUCUAAUGGCAAGGUAAAAAGGUGAAAACAUUCUAAAUAUAGCAAACACUUAAACGAUACACUGUUAUUUCUAGGUCCCGUCCACAGGCGCACAUUGCUUUGCUAACACACUGACUGAGGAGUACCUCACACAACCCCACUUCAAAGCAUCCAGACGAUCCCUUCACAGAGCUGAACUAGGCCCAUAUUCUGGAUCCAAGGGACACCCUGGAUGUUCUCUCCCAACAGUGUUUGGUUUCAGACCGGUCGCUCCGCACCACACCGUGGCUCAGUGGAGACCACGUUUUGCUGUACAUACUUUGCCCGUGCGCUGUUCCUUGUAAGAUAGUAGAUGUUCUGUUCUCUCUUAGUCCUCUUGUAAAAUAUAGUGUUCUAUUUUCUAUAUGAAGGAGAGGAGAGAUGCUGUUGUGAGUGAUGUGUGGACUGAUGAGGUUUCAACUGCUAGAUCGUCGGCGGCUUGCUCGUUUUGUUUCGAGGUUCCCGCAGGCCGUUGGCUUUUGUAUGACGUAGGACCAGCGUGGUUCACCAGGAAUAUGUCCCAGAACGUUGACGGAGAGCCGAGUGCCGCUCCCCUUCAGCCCCCGCGUCGCACGCCGGUAGAGAUGUUCUCACAUGUGAAGAGCAGGAGUUUCUGACGCUGUCCUUGACAAUCUUUUAUUUUAUUGCUUUCUGUCAGUAAAAAAUAAAUAAAAGAAGCAGCAGCUGAAACGGAUGAUGUCCAAAGUCUUGAGCCUGGAUUCGUCAAACUUUUAAGAUGUAAUCAUUUCAACGCUCCAAAGCGAGCAAUAAAACCCAUUUACCAAGCGACUUGCUUCUACUCACAGCAACAUGUAAGAGCAGCGAUCGGGGGCGACCCCCAGCAUUGGGCGACUCCCACCAUUGGGCGAACACGAGCAUUGGGCGAACACAACCAUUGCGGCGAUCCCCGGGCAUGUGGCGAUCCAGAGCAUUGGGCGAUCCCCAGCAUUGGGCGAUCCCCAGCAUUGGGCGAUCCCCAGCAUUGGGCGAUCCCCAGCAUUGGGCGAUCCAGAGCAUUGGGCGAUCCCCGCAUUGGGGCGAUCCCCGCAUUGGGGCGAUCCCCAGCAUGGGGCGAUCCCCAGCAUUGGGCGAUCCCCAGCAUGGGGCGAUCCCCAGCAUUGAGCAUCGAGCACGCUUUACGGUUCACCUGUCAGAAAACAAACGAUACAAAAAAACCCGAUAAAAUGCACAAAAAGUGGUCGCAAACCAAUUCGCCAUGAAAUAUAUUCUUGUUGAUUGAACCCGAUAAAGAAAUAUCAAGUGAAAUGAACCCAAUUCUGAAUUAUACACAUUAAAAUCACCGUCUCAAAAGAUUCAUUUUUAAUUCCCAAGAAAUAUGAUAUGAUUUUAAAGCUGUGAGUAGGAGUGAAAGUUUUUUUUUUUUACUCAUUUAAAAAAGAAGAAAAUGUAUCCAAAAUAUGACUAUGUCCAGAUCAGUCUGCAUCUCUGGUUGUGAUGAGGAGGGAGAUCCUCCAGAGUCCACUUCUCAAGUUUCCUUUGUGUUUUAAUAACAAACGACCUGACGAGCCUCGCACAGCCUCAGUGCAUGAGAACGCGGUUCCUGACGCACAACACAAAGCAGCUGAAGCCACCGAAAACAUUUCAAGUACAGUAUGUUCAUAUUUUUACUCGAGUUAGGAAGGCAGUUUACUUUCAAGCUUAAGGUGCAAGAAAAACGUUUGUUUUAAGAAAAAGAAUUAGCGAAAUCCAGCGAUCUAAGUCUCGAAAAGCUCCUUAAACCAGCAAGGAUUCUUUAUCUUCACACACACAAAUCCAAUUUGACAAACAGCUACUUUUAUACAGUAAAGAGUUGGAGGAGUUCCCCUUUUUAAGAAGAGUUUUAUGGUUCCCCAUGUCGGAUCAUGUGAAAGUGUAUUUUGUAACAUGAUGCCUCGUUGGUAAACAAAAACAAAAAAAAAGCUUCUGUCACUCAUCUGAGAAAUAUAUGAUGAUGUUUCAAGGUUAACAGAAAUCUGGAGAUGUGCAUAAAGAGAGACGGAUGAGAAAGAGACAUCUUUUCGACUUUUCGAGUUUAUUUUCUAGAGAGUCGGGCACUUUAUUACCGUUGCCUGUGUGUACCGAUGUAUCGUAUCGAGUCUGUUAAAGGCCACCAACUCUUAGAGGUGUUGACCGGUGAUCCGGUUCAGUAGAUCACGGUCUGAGACUUUAGUCGACAAAUGUUGUAUCCUUUACGGUAACUUUGAAGAACAUACCAUAAUGAUGAAAAUAAAUAAAAACUAAUCAAGUCUUUACCUCACAGUAUAUUAGUGGUUUAUAUUUAGCCUCGGAGACAUUGUGGUGGUGGGGGGGAUAAAAUGAAAUACAGAGAAUUAUCGGUUGAUUUUUAUUUUAUUUCUUUUGCAUAAAUGUCAGCGUUAGAAACUUUGGUUUUGGGUCACAAACGCAGACUUUUGUGCAGAAGAACUUCUCAGUUUGCCAACUGGGAUAACUGGUACACACUGACUCCGCCCUCUCACGCUCUAAUACAUGUUGGCUACUAAAUUACUCGAUGUUCUUUUAGGUACUUUCCUAAAGUUGAGCAGGUGUUGUGGGAAUCCAUCAUGAGGAACAAAAACACCAAUUAGAUAAGAAUUAGAACAAAUGCUCUGCAGGUUAUCUCUUUUCAAAUGACAUUUGUGUCUCCAUGUUAAUCGGGCUGUGGUGGAAAAUCCCCUUAAUGCAGCAUCUUGAUCGUCACGAUGAUUUAAUAUCAUUUAUGAGCUCCCCUCUGGAGGCAGAACCAACAGUCUGUCACCCCACAUGUGUUUUCUCAUUAUGAUCUGACAGCAUUUGGAUAUCAAUGAUAGUAAUAAAAAAAAGAAAAACCUCUUUGAAACAAGAUGAAUCCCCCCACCUGUGUUGGCAGUAAAGGGAGAUCAGGCUAAUUAAUGUGUGUUGAUGCCACCAGCCCCCCCGCCGUAAAAUCAUUCCACUGAACCCGGUGUGCAUCUGCGUUUGGCACUGUGACAGAAUCUGUUGGUUUUAAAAUGUUAAUCUACAUUCAAACCACUGGAGGUGAAUGUGGCUCCUUCCAUUUCUCUGUUGUACCGUUACUGUAGUAUUGCUGUAACAUGAAUGUUUUCUAAGUUAUUAAAACCAACAUCCCAGGCAUCUCCUCAAAAACA